AUGCAGGUCAAGCAAGACAAGCAGAAUCGAUUUUCCUUCUUGAAUGUGCUCAUAUCCGCCUUUCAAUUUGGUCAAUCCAUCUUGACUCGGAAGCAUCACAGCAACCAUUCAGAUAGAUGUAUGAGACAGAUUCGGGAUGAGGAAUUCUCUCAAGCCCAGCGAAUUUACAUCGUGUACGAGAUCCUGCGCACCCCUGGAUCAGAAGACGGCGAGGAGGAGACUGGCAUUCGAGAGCUCACUGACGAUAAGGUAUACCGGGGCUUCCUUUUCCCUACUGACGGCAUCCUUUUCUGGCAGAGUUAUUGCGCUUUAUGUUUAAGGUGA